CGCCGACGCCGCAGCACGGACAGUGUAGUGCUCUGCGCGCGCCCGCCGCCUGUGAGCCAGUGACCGUGCCCCUAGCCUAGCGCCCCUUGCCGCGAGUGCCCCUGGAGCCGCCUUGGCCCGCCUGCAUGCCGACGCCGCGCCGCAGAGGAUGCCUAUAGAGGGCCAGGAGCGGUCGGAGCUGCCGCUGCAGCUAUGCACCCGGCCGCCGCCGGGACGUGCGCCACCGGGCCUUCCGCCCCCGCCGUUCCCGACGCUCCCUUCGCCGGGUGCGUCCAGCUCUCGCUCCGGAGGCGGCAGCUCCGCUUCCGGUAGCGGAGGCAGCGGCGGCGGUGGGGGCGGCAGCAGCGCAGCCGCCGCCGCCGCGGCCGCCGCCUUCGAAGUGUCUCUGUACCACCGCCACUUGGCGGCGCUGACGGCGGCCGCCGCCCACCACCACCGCGAGUCCUCCGCCUUCGUGCCGGUGGUGCCCUCUCGCUUCGUGCACGCCGCCGCCGCAGCAGCCGCCAGCGCCGGCGCGCCCUUCCCGCCGCCGCCGCCCCCGCCGCCCCCCGGAGACCCAGGGUGCAAGCCGGGCGCGAAGCCGCCAGCGCCGCCCCCGACGGCCACCGCCGCCUCCGCUUCCGGCGGCGGCUCGGCGGGCGGCGGCUCCUCCUCCAGCUUCGAGCUGAUGGCGCUGAUGGCGGACAAGCGCAAGGAGCUGGCGGCGCUGGCCGUGCUGCCGCCCCCGCCCCCGCAGGGCCCGGGCGCGCCGCCUCCCGUGGUGCCGCCGCCGCCCCCCGGGCCAUCCUCGGCCGCCGCCGCGGCAGCCGCCGCCGCUGCCGCCUAUGCGGGGGCGGCAGCUUUCGCGUUCCCCGGCUCGGUGUACCACGCCGCCGUCAGCGCCGCCCAUCACCUCGACCGGCGGCUGCUGCGCGCGCCCGGUAGAGCCUCGCGACCCAAGAAGCAGUUCAUCUGCCAGUUCUGCAAGCGCCAGUUCACCAAGUCCUACAACUUGCUCAUUCACGAGCGCACGCACACCGACGAGCGGCCCUACUCGUGCGACAUAUGCGGCAAGGCGUUCCGGAGACAGGACCACCUCAGGGACCACAGGUACAUCCACAGUAAGGAGAAGCCGUUCAAGUGCGGGGAGUGCGGCAAGGGCUUCUGCCAGUCGCGCACGCUGGCGGUGCACAAGAUCCUGCACAUGGAGGAGUCGCCGCACAAGUGCCCCGUGUGCGCGCGCAGCUUCAACCAGCGCUCCAACCUCAAGACGCACCUGCUGACGCACACCGACCACAAGCCGUACGAGUGCAGCGCGUGCGGCAAGGUGUUCCGCCGCAACUGCGACCUGCGCCGGCACGCGCUGACGCACGCCGUGGGCGACGUGCCGCCGGGGCCGGACUCGGACUCGCGUUUACUGUUACCUUAG